AUGUCCAAGAUCCACGAGAGUCAAACAUCUUCCCCUAUCGAAAGAAUACUAAUAUGCCAUCCUUCUUUACCGGAAAAGUGUCUGAAUGGAAAAUCAUUGAGUGAAAAUGCCGAAAUUGAAGAGAUUGCGGAGCAGAUAUUCUUGUACGUGUCACCACCAGGAGCUGCAGAAGAUCCCAAGAAUAAGAAUAGUAAUAAUAAUGGCUGGAAUAGGCAAGCCGUGCAAUUUCUCGGCCUCUGUGUAGGACUCUACACAUUGCCAUCUUCGUUGAAAAAAGACGAAACGACGAAGUCAGUCUAUCUGGGAAAGUCCACCCUCAUCUUUGUCCCACUCGAAGGCGAACUUUUGGCCGUAAUUCAGAUGCGACGAGGGGGCGGAAAUCCACUGGCGGUGCGCCAAUCCAUCGAAAAAUGUCACUCCUUGUUUGAAAUGUUUCACGGAGGAGGUGUUCUGCAUCGAUUGAAGCAGCAGAAGAGGUGUCAUGAUGAUGAUAUUUCCAACAACAACAACAACAACAACAAGUGCAUUUAUCCUGGUUUGGACCAAUUGUACUCGCUGCGAAAAGAUAUCCGGAAACUCAAAACCAAGCAAUCGCGACUAUCCACGGAUGCGGCAGACGACGAGCAUGAAAGAUUGCAACACGAAAGUGACCAGUUGGGCUGUGAACUUGAGCAUCUACAGCAACAACUGCCGAAUGAAUCCAUCCGACAGGAUUUGGCAUCCCAUUACAAUGAAUAUCUUGACAAUCUCUCCUUGGUGACGAGUCGCCAAGGUGGAGGACUGCGUUGUCUAGUUGAUUGCGUUGUUCCAGUACCCAUUGCUCAAGACUCUGGCCUUCAUACGUUGCAAUCGUCGCCGUCUCGGUUGUCCAACGAACUAGUGCCCAAACUAACGACAGACCUUCAACACAUUUUGGUGCACGAGGCCCAUCAACCAUUGCUAUUUGGGAUUUCGACCUUUUACUUGGGUAACUUGAUCCAAUAUGAUUUUUUUGGAAAUGGGUCUGCUGGUGAGUCUCACUUUUCGACAUGCGGCAUCACUGCCGAAACAGUCACGACCAUCAUGGGAUACAUGGCGUCGUACCGAAUCAAGUUGCUCCAACAGAAGAUUGCGCAUGGCCCGGGAAAUAAAAGCGUGACUUCCCCUCUUCGAUUAGGAAAUAUUGCCUCGUCUCUUGCCUACAAAGACCAGGCAGCACAGCAUGAACAACCUUCCAUUGCCGCGCAGCAAAGUAUGAGUCUAAGCGGCGGAUCGUUCUUGGUGCCUCCUCCAUCAUUCAUGAUGAGCGGUGGUGGGACCGAGGACGAAGCGAACCAAUCUAGUAUUGCCAUUGAAAGCGAACAACAAAUCGCAUGGGCUCCCAGAUUGAAUCUUUUUAUAAACGGAGGCAAAUCAAAAGCAGCAGAGCAACAACAGACAAGCAAGAAUGCUCGCGUUCUUUGUUACACGAUUGGAGACUUCAGUUUUCUCAUAUUCCUCCAUGAUGAAGGAGACUUGGACUUGCAGUCAGAUGCUGGACGAGACAUGGUUUCCAACGUGUUGGUGAGCGUCCGCAACAAGAUGGAUGCGGCGGUAAUGACAACGUCCCAAGCUAUGAUAUCAUCAUCAUCACCAUCACCUUACAAGGAUCGACAAAAGCCCAAUCUGGGGGAACCUGGAGUGGACUUUAUUCUGAUUGACCGCAAACAGCACGAAUUGACGCUCUUUACUGAUCGAAAAGCCGUAUCUAGCAGCCCGUCAUCCAAGAAGCCGCAGGGUAAUGGGGCCAGCCCCCGAAAGAGAUUUGGUUUCAUGCCACCAAAAAUUGCUGUACCAUCGCAGGGCGAUAAGAAAGCCAUCUCGCAAAGUCUGGAGUGGGCAGUCCUUGGAUUGGAUUGCCGCCAUCGUUUGGCAUCCCAUUUGCAUUUGGAUGUCUUGCUUGCCUUUGACGACAUGAUGAAUGACAUUGCCACCAAAUUCUCUAGAAAGAAUGAUGAUGAUUCCUCGGCAGCUGCUACUUCAUCAUCAUCAAAGUAUGUGGAAUUGUGUACCUGCAUGGCACUGGGAUGGGUCUACGGGUGUGCCAAUGGAGAUACCGAAUUGUAUGCCUUCUUUGACAAUAGCACUUACGUGACAGUUUCCGACGUCCAGAACGCUGUCAAGCGAAUGCAUAAUAAAGUUUCACAGAAUUGA